AUUACGCGCAUUUGAACCGAGAACAACUUGUCGCCAUGUUAAACAGUUUGAAAGCAUAGGAAUUACCGGCCUCCUUUUCAGUCAGUAGUAUAGAAACUCAGGCUCAUUGCAGACCGUAUCUUAGUGCGUGGGUAGGAGGCCGACCAUGCGAUAUGCUAAUUGAUACUGGCGCUUCUGUUUCUAUCACUGACCUACCGCUCCCUUGUACAAAGCAUUCCAUUGAUCUUGCUGGCAUUGGGGGUAAUUCUGUCCGCGCAUAUAAAUCCUUUCCAGUACUUGUGGAAUCCAAUAAUGCUUAUUGGACACAAUCAUUUUUCAUUUGUAGGACUGCAGAAGGUACCAUCCUCGGUUCUGAUGGCAUGAGAUUACUGAAAGCUACUGUUGCAUACUCGCCUAUGGCUUUAUCAGUUUGUGACGCUUCUCAUAAACGCAAGACAUUGCCAUUAGCUGCUCUUUCCCAUACUGCUAUAGCAUCUGUUGCAACACCUAUUGUCCAUUCCUGGGAUUUGACUAACAAGUUCCAAGCUUUAUGUGCAACAUUCCCUGCAUGCUGGUCUGUGCACAAACUGGAUUGUGGAGCUGCACCAUUACCACCACUUGAGACUCUGAAAGAUAAACAAAAGGAGGGGGGGCAAGAAUCGCAGACAUAUGAACCUGGACAAUGGGUUAUGAUAAGAGCCCCUCAUCCUAGAUCUUUCCAACCUCGAUGGCAAGGACCACACCAGGUCUUACUAACCUCUGAGACUGCUCUUCGAGUUACAAGCAUCCCGGUCUGGAUCCACCAAUCCCGGACCAAACCAUGCCCAUCACCCGAAGACCUCAAAAAGCCUGAAGAACUCCCUGCCACGGACGACUGCAGCCUUCACGAAUCAGGUGCAAACGUUCCAAUUUUUUUCACAUACUCAACCAAAUUGAGCAUUCAAGUUAUGCUCCCAUCCAACAUGCUGAAUUCAUUUGUAAUCAUACAUAAUAUAGAACCAAGUUGUAAUAACUUGGGAGUACUUGAUAAUGCCCUCACAUGGUAUUCUGUUUUCUUCCUCAUAUGCCGGAGAGGACACUCCCAUGACACCAUACCGGCGCCGAGGACACCACCCCUCCAAGACCAUGUUGCUGCAAACCAGGAGUAAAUUGCAAGAAAUCCCACCAAGCCUUGAAUCGAGCCUUCCCUACCAAACCAAUGUCACUAUCCAUCCAGCCAGCAACAGAAGGACUUUUUUCUUUACAAGUUAUGUUCUUGGAGUACAUCUCGUUCGCCCGUAAGGGGGACGUGAGGGAAUUUUGCCUGAAGUUUUCCUAACACAGGUUUUUGACAGGUUUUCGCCCUCACCCUGAACAAUGACUAAAUAAAUGUAACUGUAAAAUUGACUUAACCAUGAGAUUCAUGUUGUGUCAAAAGGAGGGACUGUUAGGAUACAUAAAGUUUGUGCUGUAGGAGACAGACAGAUUUGUGUAUUCCAAAACCUCACGUGCAUGUGAGAGUCCGCCAUUGUUUUACAAA